CAUUUGUGACGGUGGUGUUACUGUGCCUCUCUCCUUAUUUUAACUCGUGUCUGCCUCUUGUGCUCGAUUGCUAAUGUAUGAGUGGUUAAUGGUUUUUACUAGAUCUUAGUUCAGUGCUGUUUGCGUGUGUGUGCCGGGAAAUUCCUUCCUAAACUGUAAGCUGAUUAUCAACAGGAUGAGCGAAGUAGAUACCGGGUUGAAAAAAUAAAACCACAGUGCAAAUACCGGUAUUAAAAGUGUGUCAAUCAUGAGCAAUGUUGUGGAGGCAGCGUCAGCGGCGGUAGAGGUGUCAGCCGCCGUUGGCCACGCCGUAGGAGACGCUGUAAAUGCCACAGCAGACACUGUGGGCAAAGUUACAACGUCAGUACUCGAAAGUGCAGAGGGUGUCGUACGUUCAGCUGCAGAAGAGGCAAUAGGUGUGGCGAAGGAGGCAGCAUCGUCCAAGCCAGCAAGAGAAGCAGCAGAGGUGGCCGGGAGUGCGUUAGAGGAAGCGGGGGUCGUCCUCCAGCAAGCAGGUCACGCCCUCAGACACCUUCCACCACCUCCACUUGAACAAAUGAAGCCCAAAAGCAUGUUAGAGGAGUAUGCCCCAGUGAUGGGCGGGGUGGUGGCAGCGGCGGCAGUGGUGGCUGCCACUUACUACCUCACCAGACCUCCUUCUGUCCCACCCCAGGUCGACUUGGAUGAACAGAGUCAUUUAAUAAAAGAGGGCUCAGAGCUCAUCCGGGUGUCCAAACUCACCAAGGAGGCACGAGAAGGGAAGUUUAUGAAGUUCCUGUAUGAGGACACACGCACACUCUACGACGUGUUCCGGAGGGGCGUCAAGGAGUCCAAUAACGGUCCAUGCCUUGGAUCACGAGAGGGCCCUGGAAAACCCUAUCAGUGGCUGCACUACAACGAAGCUCUCUUAAGGGCAAAGAACUUCGGUGCUGGCCUAGUGGCUUGUGGGCUGAACCCUGGGCCAGAGACUUUUGUUGGCAUCUAUUCACAGAACUGCCCAGAAUGGAUCCUAACAGAACAAGGUCUCUACUGUCAAUCCAUGGUCAUUGUCCCACUGUACGACACACUAGGACCAGAAGCAUGCAAUUUUAUUAUAAACCAAGCUUCCAUCACAACAGUAGUUUGCCAAGAUGACCGUAAGAUGAGCCAACUAUUGCAAAGUCCGCCUAAAUGCCUGAAGACUCUUGUAGCCAUCAAGGAUGUCAGUCCUGAAACUGCCGAUCGUGCUAAAAAAUUAGGCAUCACCAUUAAGUUCUUCGAAGAGGUUGAAACCCUUGGUGCUGCCAGUGAACUUCCAGAAAUGCCCCCAAAUCCAGAUGACCUGUGUACGAUCUGCUACACGUCUGGUACUACUGGUAACCCCAAGGGUGUCAUGUUGUCACAUGAAAAUAUUGUUGCAGAUGUUUCUGCAACACUCCUACAGCUGGCUGAGCACAAACCACAUAAAAGUGAUGUCAUGCUGUCUUUCCUGCCUUUGGCCCACAUGUUAGAGCGCUGCUGUGAAGUGGCUGUUUAUAUAGCUGGUGGUGCUGUCGGCUUUUACUCUGGUGACAUUCGAAAUCUUGUUGAUGACUACAAAGCUUUACGCCCGACCAUCACCCCAUCUGUCCCUCGUCUCCUGAAUCGUGUUUUUGACAAAGUCGCAACAUCAGUCAAUGGAUCAGCUAUUAAGAAACUCAUGUUGAAGAUGGCAGCAGCAAGCAAGAAAGCAGAAUUGGAAAGAGGUGUGGUAAGAAGAACAUCCAUCUGGGAUAAGUUAGUAUUCAAGAAGGUCCAAGAUGGAAUGGGUGGCAGAUUGAGACUGCUUGUUGUGGGGUCAGCACCUCUGGCAGGCAAUGUGCUCACAUUUAUGAGAGUUGCUUUAGGAUGUGUUAUUGUAGAAGGUUAUGGCCAAACAGAAUGUGGGGCCCCAUCAACUUUGACCAUCCAGGGUGACUACAGACCUGACCACGUAGGUCCUCCUAUUGCCUGUAAUGCUAUCAAGCUGUGUGAUGUUCCAGACAUGGACUAUUAUGCUGCUCAGGGUCAGGGUGAAGUAUGCAUAAAAGGUUCCAAUGUAUUCAAAGGCUACUUCAAAGAUCCUGAAAAGACUCGAGAAACAAUUGAUAGCUCAGGAUGGCUUCACACUGGGGACAUUGGCCAAUGGCUCCCUAAUGGAACACUGAAGAUAAUUGAUCGCAAGAAGCACAUCUUUAAGCUGUCACAGGGUGAAUAUAUUGCUCCUGAGAAAAUAGAAAAUAUAUAUGUACGAUCACAGUUCGUUGCCCAGGUAUUCGUACAUGGUGAAAGUCUCAAAUCAAGUGUGGUGGCCAUCAUUGUUCCGGAGGUAGAAUCCGUAAAGGAAUGGGCAAGGGAACAGGAGAUCCCUGGCACGCUCUCUGUUCUGUGUGCUAAUCCUCAUGUUAAACAGCUUAUUAUGGAUGACAUUACCAACCUUGGCAAGGCAGCUGGUCUCAAGUCCUUUGAACAGGCUAAGGACAUUUACCUCCACCCAGACCUCUUCAGUGUCCAGAAUGGGCUUCUCACUCCAACUCUCAAAUCCAAGCGACCACAACUCAAAAAGUACUUCACUCCACAGAUUGAUGACAUGUAUGCUAAGCUCCCUUAGAUAAAAUUGUACUAUUGCUUAGGUCACAUAGAGUACUUUUUACUGAGUGAGAUAUUGACUAUUGUGUGUUGGGUGUUUGAUACAUGAAAGAUUGGGAUGUGGAUGCAUAUGGAACAAUUUGACAUGUGCCUCAUAUUGUCAGUACUUAUUAUAUGACAAUAGAUGUUUAAUUAGGUAUUAUUAAAGGAUUUAUCUAUUGAACUUUUAGACUCAUUUAGGUUUGGCAACAUUAUAAAAUAGACACUCACGAUAGAGAAGAAACUGUUUCAUCUUCUUCAAGAUGGCUAUUAAAAUCUUAUACACCAGAAUUAAGGGUUAAAUAAAAUUAUAGUUAUAAAAUGUAUUAUAUCAUAAAUGUAUAAAUAAUGUCAUACUUCAUUAGAUUGGUAAUGAGUUAAUUCACAUAUAUAAAUAUAUAUACAUGUAUAUAUAUCUAUACAGUAUAAUACAAAAUUUGCUUGGCAUGUUUACUUUUGUAUGGCUUCAAUACAAGUAAAAUAUUCGAAUACACAGUGUGAUUAGGGAAGGACAUUUUGACAUGUUCACAGUGGCAGAGCUGGGAACACAUAGUGAGGGUGAUGAAAUGUUCCUCAUCAUAGAUUCAAGUGCUUUGGCCAAUUGUAUAGUAAACCUUUUGUAUACUAUUUAUCCUGUAAUACCCAGGCUCAUAGGACACUCAUUGAUGGCAUGGCAUUUAUCAUCAUGUCACCAAUAAAUUCUGGAGGGAGGGAGCACACUCUCCCCAUCGGGUGCUGCCACUGUAUUCUGAACAAAUUUGUGAACUUCUUAAAAUCUAAUGAUUUUAAAUAAUAUACAAACUUUAUUAGGUUUCAGUGUGUGCUGUCGGUUUAUUUAAGAAUAAAUUUAGACAAGGCUGGUGCACUUGCCUUUUGAAAUACUGUAUUACAGGGUGUGUUUUCUUACAAUGCCUGUCUUCAGUGAGUUGUGGCUGUAUUUUUUUAUUUUUGAAUACAUGUUAUUCUGCAGUAAAAUCAUGCCUUUGUAUUUUAGUUGUGUCUGUACAUUAAUAACAGAUGUAGUGUAAAAAAUAACACAAUUUUAAACAAUGCAGGUAUUAUGGUUACAUGUGAAUCACUUGUUUUGUUUAUGAAACAGGGAUAGAGGUCGAGUGUUAGGCAUCAUACAUUCUUUCUGAGAAAAUAUAUUCCAUAAUAUUUAAAAAAAAAAAUUAAACAAAUUUUCAGCCUGUGCAAUAGGUGUAUAUGAUUACAGAGAAGGCUACUGAGGCAAAAGAAAUUCUAGUCAAAAUAAUAAAAAAUCAUGAGACGCCAACGCCUUAGGUGCUCAAUAUGCGUGAUUGUAUAAAUGUUAAAUAUUUUCCUGUGUACCUGUAUAUGAUGUCACUUCUAAAACGUCAUAGGUAAUGUUUGGAAUUGAUGUUUAGAUUUUUUGCCAAAAUGUGUGCAGCUAAAGGUACCAGCAGAAUAAUCUCACAUUGGGUUUACUCACAUGAAAAGGUAAUACAGUACAUUGUUAGCUUAUAAUAUUCUCUGUAAAUAGUUACUGUUGGAUUGACUUAAGGGAAAACAGAGUAAUAUAAAUUUGUCAUUGCCAAAAGAGGGCUUUCCUUUUCCUCAGAAUUUCUGUUUAGUGUGAAUGAAAACAGUUUACAAAUGUUAAUGCCUUAUUUCCCAUAUAUUUUAGUGAUAGUUUUCUAUAUACCACAAUUAUAUAAUGAAAAGUACUAAAGUACGGUUACGGUAAUAGAUUUACUUAAACUUUGGCAAAACUAUUACAUUUGCUUCCUUUGAGUCUACAAGAUGAAUGAAGAACAAAGGGAUUGACCUAAUUUUGUUAUGGAAAUACUGUACAGGGGGGUACUGUCAAAAUUAACCAAAGAGAUUUCUAAUGAGAUUAUCCAAUGCUCCCUUAACUUGUUCACGAUCGUAUCAGACAUGUUGAGUUUUAAAGUGAUAUGGGUCACAAAAUUUAAAUUUUUAAGAAGGGGCUGAAAACUUCAACUUAAGAGUUAGGGGAAGUUUAUUUCCACUUUUUUACUUGUAAUAUAUGUUCAGAAUUAAAGAGUCACUGGAGUUUCACAAUUAUGUACUGUACAUAGAAUGAGAAUCAACCUUCAAUAAUGACUGAAUUAGCUAUCUACUGAGUGUUGAUAGAAUUCUCAGUAUCACUCUUUGUCUGUAGAGCCAUCACACCCAGUAUCUGAAUUACCUAACUUCUCUUCGUGAAGGGAUUUUAAAUUAAUUCGUAACUUAUUUACCGGUAAUUUAAUUUUACAAAUUGAAUAUCCAAGUGGACUUAGAUAAUUCAGAUUUCCAAUUUUCAUAUUAUCAACCUUUCAUACUCUCACUCUCUUCACGUAUUAUUGAGAUGCAUUAAAAAAAUAAGUAACUAUUUGAUAUUGUUGCAUCUUUCUUUGGUUAUGGACUUGUAAAAUAUACAAUUCUUGGAGCUA